UGGAGACACUGGUCUCGGGAUCAAGGACAGAGCUUAACCAAGUCACUCCCAGCUCUCUCAUCGGACAGUCCCUGAGCCACCGUCACCGAGAUGGGAGCCUGGCUCCUUUCCCUGAUAACCUUGCUGCUGUCUUUAGCCCUGGAAACUGCUGGACAAGGAGAAAGAAUUAUAGAUGGCUACAAAUGUGAAGAAGGCUCGCACCCAUGGCAGGUGGCUCUGCUCAAAGACGGUCAGCUUCACUGUGGAGGGGUGCUGGUGGACAAAAACUGGGUGCUCACAGCAGCCCACUGCAAAAUGGGUCAGUACCAAGUGCAUCUGGGCAGUGAUAAAAUAGAGGAUCAGAGUGCCCAGAAGAUCAAGGCUACAAAGUCAUUCCGACACCCUGGCUACUCCACAAAGACCCACGUCAAUGACAUCAUGCUUGUGAGGUUGGAUGAGCCAGUCAAGAUGUCAUCCAAAGUGAAGGCAGUCCAGCUUCCUGAACGAUGUGAACCCCCAGGGACAUCCUGCACCGUCUCUGGAUGGGGCACCACAACCAGCCCAGAUGUGACCUUUCCCUCGGAACUCAUGUGCUCUGAUGUGAAGCUCAUCUCCUCCAAGGAGUGCAAGAAGGUGUACAAGGACCUGCUGGGGAAAACCAUGCUGUGUGCUGGCAUUCCAGACUCUAAGACCAACACUUGCAAUGGUGACUCUGGGGGUCCCUUGGUGUGCAACGGCGCCCUCCAAGGUCUGGUGUCCUGGGGAACCUACCCUUGUGGCCAGCCCAACGACCCAGGCGUCUACACUCAAGUCUGCAAUAUAGCGCUGCUUUCAGCAUUGAUCGGAGAGACCCCUAUAUGCAGUGGGCAGAAAUACAGAGACCUGGGCAAAGUGGGUAAGCUGGGUGUCAGCUCCCACUCUCCUCGGGACGCGGAGGUCUUCAGCACCCACAGAGGGACUUACAGGAUGCCCAUCAUGAAGAUGCUGACAAUGAAGAUGCUGACCCUGUGCUUGGUUCUUGCUAAAUCAGCCUGGUCGGAGGAGCAGGAGAAGGUGGUUCAUGGAGGCCCCUGUUUGAAGGACUCCCACCCUUUCCAGGCCGCCCUCUACACCUCGGGUCACCUGCUGUGUGGUGGGGUCCUCAUUGGCCCACAGUGGGUGCUGACAGCCGCCCACUGCAAGAAACCGAAUCUGGAGGUGAGCUUGGGGAAACACAAUCUACGGCAAACAGAGACUUUCCAAAGACAAAUCUCCGUGGACAGGACUAUUACCCAUCCCCUCUACAACCCCACGACCCAUGACAAUGACAUCAUGAUGGUGCAUCUGAAAAACCCAGUCAAAUUCUCUAAAAAGAUCCAGCCUAUGCCCUUGAAGAAAGACUGCUUUGAGGAGAAUCCCCACUGUCAGAUUCUUGGCUGGGGCAAGAUGGAAAACGGUGACUUCCCAGAUACCAUUCAGUGUGCUGACGUCCAGCUGGUGUCCCGGGAGGAGUGUGAACGUGCCUACCCUGGCAAGAUCACCCGGAGCAUGGUGUGCGCAGGCGACAGCAAAGAAGGCAACGAUUCCUGUCAGGCCUCUCCAGAACCACUUAGCUUCGGCUUCUAUUUCUUACCAGGUGCAGCGGUCAUGGCGAGGGCAGGACACCCCUGGAAAUGGACAAUGGCUACCCUGAUCACAACUCUGGCUCUGGGGGUCUCAGAGCCUGUUCUUGCUGGCGAUGUUUCCUCUUGUGACAACCCCUCUGGCACCAAACCCUCUGGGACCAACAGAGACCUCAGCACGGAUUCCAAGUCUGGGGAGGACACCCGUUCAGAUAGCAGCUCUCGAAUUGUGAAUGGGUCAGACUGCGAAAAGGAUGCGCAGCCAUGGCAGGGCGCCCUGCUUCUGGGGCCCAACAAGCUGUACUGUGGGGCCGUGCUGAUCAGCCCACGGUGGCUGCUCACAGCAGCACACUGCAGGAAGCCAGUGUUCAGAAUCCGUCUGGGCCACCAUUCCAUGUCACCCGUCUACGAGUCUGGGCAGCAGAUGUUCCAGGGAAUCAGAUCCAUCCCCCACCCCGGUUACUCCCACCCUGGCCACUCCAAUGACCUCAUGCUCAUCAAAAUGAACAGAAAAAUCCAUGACUCUCACUCGGUGAAGCCUGUUGAAAUUGCUUCUGACUGUGCCGUUGAGGGGACCAGGUGCAUGGUGUCUGGCUGGGGGACAACGAGCAGCAGCCACAAUAACUUCCCGAAAGUCCUCCAGUGCCUGAACAUUACUGUGCUCAGCGAGGAGAGGUGUAAAAACGCCUACCCGGGACAGAUAGACAAGACCAUGUUCUGCGCUGGUGAUGAAGAGGGCAGGGACUCCUGCCAGGGUGAUUCUGGAGGUCCUGUGAUCUGCAAUGGCAAGCUACAGGGCCUUGUGUCCUGGGGUGAUUUCCCCUGUGCUCAGCCCAACAGACCAGGUGUCUACACCAACCUGUGCGAGUUCAAUAAGUGGAUUAAAGACACCAUGAACUCCAACUAAUGAGCCACACCAGGAACCGCGGAACCAGUGCCACCCAACGGCAAUGAGGAGCACUGUCCCUCUCUGAGAAUGCUGAAGAUAAUGUCAGUCUCUCCAGAACUUGCUCUAUGUCUCUUGGCACUAAGAUCACCAUCCCCCAUGGUGGACUGACCCCAUUUCUAUAGCCAGACCCUAGGAACACUUCUUGAAACGUCUAAAUUGUGUUAAAACCCAUCGCUACCUAUGGACCCAUCCAUAAACCCAGAGUUGAGCCUUUUCUUCAGCCGUAACUCAGAUUUAGACCCCAAAAUAAAAAACAUGGGAAGAACC